UCCGGAAAUUAAGAAAAAUGACAACAGAAAGCGGCAAACGUGAAAUUGACGACGUAGAUGAUGAUGAUUGUAUCGGCCCUUUGCCGGAAGAAGCUGCAAAAUCUAAGAAGAGGAAAGUGUUGGAAUAUGAGCAAGUUUAUUUGGACAAUCUCCCAAAUGCAGAGGCAUAUGAGAAAAGUUAUAUGCACAGGGAUGUUGUUACUCAUGUGGCUGUUUCCAAAUAUGACUUUAUUGUGACUGCAAGCUGUGAUGGUCAUGUGAAAUUCUGGAAGAAAAAUGAAGAAGAAGGAAUUGAAUUUGUCAAGCAUUUUAGAAGUCAUUUAGGAAAUAUUGAAGACCUAGGAAUGAGUGAUAAUGGAGAGUUAUGUUGCACCAUAUCAGAUGACAAAUCAGCCAAAAUAUUUGAUGUUGUUAACUUUGACAUGAUAACAAUGAUCAAGUUGACCUUUGCUCCCUUGGCCUGCGGCUGGCUGUAUAAGUCAGGGGACAUCAUUCAAGCACUAGCAGUGUAA